UAUAGCAGCAGUUUACAGGCGUGGCUUUAGAGAUAUUUCAUAUACUUCAGACAUAAAGACAAAAGUGGACUGUCCAUAAACGACGAUCACUUUCUUUCCUUCAAUUAACUGAUGUGAUUGUUAUGCUUUGUGCGGAUCUGAAAACUCACCGUCUUUACAAAUAACAAAUCCUAAACUCUUUAGGCUAAAGAGUCACGAUGAAUCUCCUCCCUGUGUUCAUUUGCUUGUCAUCAAUGACGAUGACGACUAAUGCCUAUACACUACCUGGACCAGGAACAACUUGGAACAUGACAGACGUUUUGAAAGGUAGAUGCCAGGAGUACCGCCAGUGCCUCCACGGGGGUCUUUGUCUACCCUAUUAUGGUGAUGUCCAGUGUGAUGCUGCCGUGAAUUCCUUUCUUGGAGCUAUCCGAGGGAUGGAUCCCUGUAAUACCCCAUACAACGCCUAUGAUGAAUUCCUUACCAUGGCUCCACCGAAUACUAAACCUGGAACGACAACGAUGUGGACAGGCGUCGGUGGUGCCUACAUACCCCAUGACGUUGCCGAGGUGAGUCGUGAGUACAUCGUCCUGGGUGAAACGUUCCCAGGUUACAUGGCUCUAAACCUAUCCUUCUGUGGUUCUACUGAUCCAGAUGAACCGUCUGGGUUCAACUACACAGUCUGCCCUACUGAAGACACCGACCGAUCUGGAUGUAGCAACAACACAGUUGCGACCUUCUGGGAUCGUGCUUCCGAGCUAUUUACAAGACAAGCUAGUGGUGAGGUAUAUGUUGUUCUGAAUGCUCAAAGAGAUCGAGGGGCGUACCAUCUCGAAAGUACAUUUGCCCGCAUUGAAGUACCUGCAUUUGACCGUACCAAGGUUACAAACAUUGCCAUCUACCUCAUCCCGGACUUUACACUUCCGACUCCAAACAAUCGGGUACGUGAGACCUGUACUAACGGUACUGUGGCAUAUUUGAGAGGAAUCUUAGACAACUUGGGUCUCAACAAUACAUGUGAAGAAGAUCCAGAAGACAUCAUGUGGCUGCAGUGUGCUCGAUACACAGACAGCCCUUACUGCGUUCCAUACAGAAGACAUCAGCCUGAUCCGCCCUUUAGUGGAGCCAAAACAAUCGUCGAUGUCCUACCUUUGGCCUUCCUAAUGAUUCAAGUAGUGUCUGUCAUUUUGAUCAGUGGUCGAUAAAGUGUUUAAUUUCUCUCAAAUCUCUAGUCCAUUUUAUAAAUAAGAAAUUAUAUAGCAGAAUUUAAAAAAGUAGCAUUGUAAUUAUUACUUGGUAGCAAUUAUUGUAAAAGAAGAAACAAAUCCCCAACAACAGCCAGGCGCAAAUUAUCUCGAGUAAAAUACCUCCCUUCUGUGUCAAAGGGUCAAAACUGAGAUAAAGUUUGCCAUUUAGGGGAAAUAAUUAUAGGGCCGUAACCAAUGACUUGAUAAUGAUAGGCCCUAUCCAGCUUGUUAUAGUAUGUACUUAAUUGUCUCUAUAUAUUAAAGACUACACCAUUACUUAUUGAAUCUAAAGGUGUCAAUUUAUUGCAGGCAUUCACCUAAUAUCAUUUUGAACACCUAAAUUAAUCCUUUAUUUACAAAGAUUCUGGUUAAUUCUGAUUUUGAUUGGUUACCAUAAACAAUGUUAUAUUUUAUGCCUUUUCAUUCUUGGUAUAUAGCCUUCCCUGAAAAGCCCGUGAUAACAUAACUGUGUAAAAUGAAAUUAUAAUUAGUGUAUUAUUUUUAUACAAGAAUAUCAACCCUUACCUACCUUAAUAGUUCCCGAGUGAUAACACAUCAAUAAGUAUAGAUCAUCUCAUUUAUAGACCUACAUAAUUUAAUAAAAAUUAGGCAACAUAAUUAAUUUAUAAUACAGUGCAUACAUAUUCAAUUAAACUAAAUUCAUUGAUUUUCCUCUUUCAGUAUUUUUAUAUUUACGAUGAUCUAUAUAUUGAUUCUUCGAUUAUGCCCCAAAAAUGUUGAAAAUUGAGGGGAAUGCUGAGAAGCAAAGUUUUUAGUUUCCAUUCCCCUCUAAACAGAGAAUAGAUAAAUCAGUCAAUGAAUAGAUAAAUGAAUACAUAAAUUAACAUAUAAACGAGUAAUAAAUGUAUUAUAUACAGGUAUAUAAUGUAAAGGCAUAUGACAUAAUAAAAAAGAUGAAAUAUACACAAAAACAAUUUUCCUUCAUUUUAUUAUUCAUUUUAUUCUUUAUCAUGUAUACAGCAUAUAACAGAUAUUUGCAAAAUUUUCAUGAAUAAUGUAAUUGUUGAAAAAUAUUCAUUCAUUAGUUCAUACAAUACAAUACAAAAUAUUGAAAAUGGAGGGAAAUUAUGAGAAGCAAUGCUUGUAGCUUGUAUUCCCCUUAAAAGAGAUAAAAUAAAUUAAUAUAAACAUAUAGAAACAAAUAAAAAAUUGUAUAAAUAAUAUAUGAAUAAAGACUUUGCAGUAUAUAUUAUAUUUGUGUAGAAAAGUCUACAAAAAUUCUUUGUCGUGAAACUUAUAUUAUUGUUUGAAACUUAUGAAUAUUUUGUUGACUUUUUUCAUUACAAAGACAUGUUAUGAUAAUUUUGUAAAUGUAUCUGUUAUACAUGCAUUAUGUAAAUUUGUUUUGAGUGCUAAGAUGAAAUAUCUCGACAUCAAACAUGACAAGUCAUCAUCCCACUAC